GCAGAAGCCCCAGGCGCCGGAGCCCCCGCCGCCGCCGUGCCUGGAAGCAGGAGCGGGUGCAGGAUCCCCGGAGGCGCCGGCCGAGCCCGACCGCGACGGCCCUAGAGAGGACGACGAGCUCCAACUGGCGCCCGUCCCCCAGGUAGGAGCGAGAGAGGCGAGUCUGGCUGCUUGGGCACUUUCACACCCCGGAACGGAGCUGGGACGGGCUUGGGGGUGGAUCAUCCUUAUCCGGCCGGAGUCAGAGCCUUACUCCUUAGGACCAGGGCUGAGGCUUUCUCCCCCAAGUUGGGAGUGGAGCCAGCACCCUUAUGUCCAAAGCUGAGGCACGGCCCGACCUGUCCUGAGGCCAGGCUGCCUACUCUCUCCCACCGCCUCCGGGAAACGUUCUGGUCGCACACCCACUGGGACUGCGCUUGGAUCCUGGGGCCACAGCUCAGCCCUGUGCCCUUCAUCUCCCCUGGGCCCACAUGCUCCCCCACUCAUAGGCUACCUCGGGGCGCUGGGACCUGGAAGGCUGCAGCCUCUUCCCUCUCCCCCUGGGAGCGGCUCCACCCCUUCCCCUCGCUGCCCCCUCGGCAGCUGUGCUCCCAGCAUAUGUCUCCCGAGGCCUCCCUCCUCUCCUUGCCCAGCAGAGCAGUUGCAGCCGACAGCCAGGCUGCCCAGAAGACUGUUUGGUGGGCCUCCUGCACAGAGGUGGCAACCCAGCAAAGCUGCUCUCUCCCCCUAUACCCGCUCCCCCGCCCCGCCCCGCCCCGACCCCCAAGGCGGUCCACCCAGACCCUUGGAUCCCUGGGUUUGGCGAUCCUGCUAAGAGUGAGCAGGAGGAGGAUUCUCCAAGGCUUCCAGCUUGCCACCUGGAAGAAGGUCACUUUCUUUUGAGCAAAGGAAAUAAUAGGAGGUACCCUGCCAGUGUUCACUGUGAAGCUGGGGCGGCGUGAGCCACAGUUGCUCUGGGAGGGUUAUGGCACCUGGGGCUGGGUGGCUCUCCCUAAGCUUGCUCUGACAAAAGAGUUUUGAGUUGGUUUUUUGGCUGAGCCUGCCAAGAAAGGCAGGCUCCUGCAGGAGUCUUGGAGGGUCGGAUGCAGCGCCGGAUGAGGAUGAGGCGUGGCGGAAGAUGCGUUUGGCUCUGCAGACACUGCAUCGGGCAGCAGGGGACUCUGGGAGGCUGGUGCAGCCAGAAGGCAUGGCUCUUGACAGCCUUCUAGUAGAAUCCCUGGAAUUGUGCAUGACAGAAGAGGAAAGAAACUAACGGGUAUUGAGCACCUACUGUGUGCCAGGCUCAGGCCAGGAAAAACUAGAAUGUCCUAGCAUAAUGCUUCUCAGAUGAAGACAGAAAAGUCUUGGGCCUGGUCAGGCUAGACUGGGAUCUGGACAAGCUCUGAAUUUAAACUGAGGUUCCCCCCACCUCCAGCCAGUCUGUGCAGACUUGCUGCCUGCUGUGUCACCGGGAACGCAAAGGCUGGGAAGAAGGCCCUUCCCAAAACGGACUGGUGUUGCAGGGUGAGAAGCUGCCCCCUGACUUCAUGCCAAAGCUCGUCAAGAAUCUCCUAGGCGAGAUGCCUCUGUGGGUCUGCCAGAGUUGCCGAAAGAGCAUGGAGGAAGAUGAGAGGCAGACAGGUCGAGAACAUGCAGUGGCGAUCUCCUUGUCACACACAUCCUGCAAAUCACAGUCUUGUGGGGGUGAUUCUCAUUCCUCUUCGUCCUCCUCUUCAUCGUCCUCAUCCUCGUCCUCCUCCUGCCACGGGAACUCAGGGGACUGGGAUCCCAGCUCGUUCCUGUCAGCACAUAAGCUCUCGGGCCUCUGGAACUCUCCACACUCCAGUGGGGCCAUGCCAGGCAGCUCGCUCGGGAGUCCUCCUACCAUCCCUGGUGAGGUUUUCCCCAUCUCGGAGCACCACCGGCACUCAGACCUCACUGCUCCACCUAACAGUCCCACCGGCCACCACCCCCAGGCAGCGUCGCUGAUCCCAUCUCACCCCGGAUCCUUUGGCUCACCACCCCAUCCUCACCUGCUGCCCACCACCCUGGCAGCACCUUUCCCUGCCCAGGUUUCAGAAUGCCCUGUUGCCGCUGCUGCUGCCCCUCACACCCCAGGGCCGUGUCAGAGCCCCCACCUUCCCUCCACCAGCAUGCCGCUUCUGAAGAUGCCUCCACCAUUCUCGGGUUGCAGUCACCCCUGUAGUGGGCACUGCAGCGGGCACUGCAGCGGACCUCUCCUCCCACCACCCAGCUCUCAGCAGCUCCCUGGCACUCACAGCAGGGACCCAGGGUGCAAGGGGCACAAGUUCCCCCAUAGUGGCCUGGCCUGCCAGCUGCCCCAGCCCUGCGAGGCAGAUGAGGGGCUGGGUGAGGAAGAGGACAGCAGCUCAGAGCGUAGCUCCUGCACCUCGUCCUCCACCCACCAGAGAGAUGGGAAGUUCUGUGACUGCUGCUACUGUGAGUUCUUCGGCCACAAUGCGCCACCCGCUGCCCCGACGAGUCGGAAUUAUACCGAGAUCCGAGAGAAGCUCCGCUCGAGGCUGACCAGGCGGAAAGAGGAGCUGCCCAUGAAGGGGGGCGCCCUGGGCGGGAUCCCUGGGGAGCCCGCCGUGGACCACCGAGAUGUGGAUGAGCUGCUGGAAUUCAUCAACAGCACGGAGCCCAAAGUCCCCAACAGCGCCAGGGCCGCCAAGCGGGCCCGGCACAAGCUGAAAAAGAAGGAAAAGGAGAAGGCCCAGUUGGCAGCAGAAGCUCUAAAGCAGGCAAAUCGUGGUAUUUCUGGAAGCCGGGAGCUGAGGCCUGCCAGGGAGAGGCUGUUGGAGUGGCCUGACCGGGAGCUGGAUCGGGUCAACAGCUUUCUGAGCAGCCGUCUACAGGAGAUUAAGAACACUGUCAAGGACUCCAUUCGUGCCAGCUUCAGUGUGUGUGAGCUCAGCAUGGACAGCAAUGGCUUCUCUAAGGAGGGGGCUGCUGAGCCAGAGCCCCAGAGUCUAAUCCCCUCAAACCUCAAUGGCUCCUCAGAGCAACGGCCUGACAUCAACCUUGAUCUGUCCCCUUUGACUUUGGGCUCCCCUCAGAACCAUAUAUUACAAGCUCCAGGCGAGCCAGCCCUACCAUGGGCAGAAAUGAGAAGUCCCCACCCACCAUGGACAGAGGUGAGGGGCCCCCCUCCCGGUAUCAUCCCCGAGAAUGGGCUAGUAAGGAGACUCAACACCGUGCCCAACCUGUCCCGGGUGAUCUGGGUCAAGACACCCAAGCCAGGCAACCCUAGCUCUGAGGAGCCAAGCCCACAGGAGGUCCCCGGCUGCAAGCAGGAGUUGCCUGAGCCUGUGGCCUCAGGUGGGAAGCCGCGGAAGGGCAAGAGACAGGGCAGUCAGGCCAAGAAGAGCGAGGUGAGCCCACCCCCCCAGUCCCUAGCCUGCCUUGAGGCUCCCAGUGCCAAGGGCCAGACCCCCAGCCCCAAGCAGCCAGGCAAGGCCCUGGAGCCUCCCAGAGUGGACAGCUGUGCCGAGGCUGGAGAGGGGAGCCGGGGGGCCCAACCAGGAUCAGGCUGGGCUGGCAGCCCCAAAGCUGAAAAGGAGAAGGGCAGCUCCUGGCGAAACUGGCCAGGUGAGACAAAGGCACGGCCUCUGGAGCAGGAGUCUGUGCAGCCCCCAGGCCCAGCAAGGCCACAGAGCUUGCCACAGGGCAAGGGCCGCAGCCGCCGGAGCCGCAACAAGCAGGAGAAGUCAGCCUCCUCCUUGGACGAUGUGUUCCUGCCUAAGGACAUGGACGGGGCGGAGAUGGAUGAGACUGACCGGGAGGUGGAGUACUUCAAGAGGUUCUGUUUGGAUUCUGCAAAGCAAACACGUCAGAAAGUUGCCGUGAACUGGACCAACUUCAGCCUCAAGAAAACCACUCCCAGCACAGCUCAGUGAGCCCCUUCCAGAUUGAGCUUCUUCAGGGUGUCCUGAGACCCCAGUUGCCGGCUGAAGGUCUACAGUUUUUUCCUCAACAUCCCCAUCCACCUGCCCAAGACCCUCCCCACCAUCCCGGACCAACCAAAAGCUGAAUAGAUGCCGUGCAUGCUGGGGCCCCUCGGGACCUCUGCAGAGCCGCUUCCUGGUGCUACGCAGCCUCCACUCAGAGCCCGGGGACUGGGCUGGCCUGUGGGCUUGGGGGCUGAUGGUACUGUUGGCCCAACACUGCUCUCUUUGUGUUUAGUUUUUUGGGGGUUUUUUUGUUUGUUUGUUUUUUCCAAUUCUUUACUUUUGAUACUGUGAAGAUCUUUCCUGCCGAAAGAUAAAGCAACAUUUGGACACAGA